AUGGAGCGUCGUGUUCGCAGUAUGCCAGUUUACACAUAUGUGUCCCACCCCUCUGUGGACGGACUGUACGCUAUUCCAUCAGUAACAACGCAAGAAGGUUUCGACGCCGCAAUAUCCUACCAAGCUAGGCCUGGAGAUAUUUUUCUUUGUACAUACCCAAAAUGUGGAACAACAUGGGUUCAGAAUGCACUCCUGGGAAUGAAAUAUGGACGACCCUUAGCAAAAAAUGAAAAGCUGAACAUCAUGUUUCCCCACCUUGAAUUUAAUGGUAUAGAUGCCGUUGAAAAUGUGGAAGACCUCCCACGAAUGAUAAAAACACAUCUUUUGUUUGAUAUGACACCAUGGAAUCAACAAUCAAAAUAUAUAUGUGUAGCUCGAAACCCCAAAGAUUGCUUCGCUUCAUUCUUCUAUCACACUGUCGGGUUUACCCACCUACUGAUCAGUGGGAAAGUUGAUUCCGGGGAUUUUUUUGAUUUUUCAACAAAGUGGUGGGCUAUGAGUAAAGAAAAGUCAAAUGUUUUGUACGUAUUAUACGAAGAUCUGAAGUACGAUCCUCAUGGGUAUGUUGUAGAGAUCAAAAGCACAAGCGAAUUGGCUCGAACAUACCCAAAGUCGUUACAAAUUCCAAGCAAAUGGACACCACCCUCCGAACGAAAUUCAGAUGGUAUCUCAGCAGUAGAAAAGUAUCUUAUGAAGCACAGCAUUGACAGACGCGAAAUCCCAUGGAUUAAAGAAGCAGUAAACAUGGUUCUGAACAACAACAAUUUUGUAUUCAACGACAAACAUUACCUCCAAAUCAACGGAACAGCAAUGGGAACCAAAAUGGCACCUAAAUACGAUAACACUUUCAUGGCAAAUUUAGAAUCAGACAUGUUAGAAACAGCCGAGUUCAAUCCACUCUACUAA